AUGGCGUCCAGCGAGGAAGAAGGAGGCGGUAACGGAGCAGUGGAGGAGAAGGAGAAUGGCAAGAGGAGGAGGCUGGGCGCCCUGGCCACGGCCUGGCUCAUCUUUUACAACGUCGCCAUGACCGCGGGGUGGCUGGUGUUAGGUAUUGCCAUGGUGCGGUUUUAUGUACAGAAAGGAACACAUAGAGGCUUAUUCAGAAGCGUUCAAAGGACGCUUAAAUUUUUCCAGACUUUUGCUUUGCUUGAGGUAGUCCACUGUGCAGUUGGAAUAGUUCGCACAUCUGUGCUUGUGACUGGGGUCCAAGUGAGUUCAAGAAUCUUCAUGGUGUGGUUCAUUGCACAUAGCAUUAAACAGAUCCAGAAUGAGGAGAGCGUUGUUCUUUUUCUGGUUGUAUGGACUGUGACAGAGAUCACUCGAUAUUCCUUCUACACAUUCAACCUGCUCAACCAUUUGCCGUACUUCAUUAAAUGGGCCAGGUACAACUUUUUUAUCAUUCUUUAUCCUGCUGGAGUCGCAGGUGAACUGCUAACCAUAUAUGCUGCUUUACCCUACGUGAAGAAAACAGGAAUGUUUUCACUGAGACUUCCCAACAAAUACAAUGUCUCCUUUGACUACUAUUAUUUUCUCAUUAUUGUCAUGUUCUCCUACGUGCCGUUGUUUCCACAACUCUACUUCCACAUGCUGCGACAGAGAAGAAGGGUGCUUCAUGGAGAGGUGGUUGUGGAAAAGGACGACUGAGUCAAACUAUGUAAUGGUGCUUCUA